UGUACUAGCCGCCUUCCUGCCUCCUCUCCAUUCUCCGCACCGCGUACAUGGAGUGACAUCCUACACCAGACUGCCAACUAGACUUCGCUGAUUGCGAUUCAAAAGGUGUAGAGAGACCUAAUCAGAUUCUUCCGGCAAGACUUUCCCUCCGGUUGGAAUGGGUUGCUGCACGGGUCGGUGUACUUUAAUAUUCCUCUGUACUUUACAGUUGUUGGCAGCAUUGGAGAGACAGAUCUUUGAUUUUCUGGGUUACCAGUGGGCUCCUAUACUGGCCAACUUCCUUCAUAUAAUUGUUGUCAUUCUGGGACUGUUUGGGACAAUUCAAUACAGGCCUCGCUACAUUGUGGUGUACACUAUUUGGACAGCCUUGUGGGUUGCCUGGAAUGUAUUCAUCUUCUGCUUCUAUUUGGAGGUUGGAGGACUCUCAAAGGAUAGUGAUCUGAUGACCUUUAAUAUCUCGAUGCACCGCUCGUGGUGGAGGGAACAUGGGCCUGGGUGUGUGCGGAAGGAGUUGACUGCUUCAGCCAGCAAAAGCUUGGAUGAUCGCACCUAUAUCUCAGUGACAGGCUGCAUUGUCGACUUCCAGUACCUGGAGGUUAUUCACAGCUCCUUCCAAAUACUACUGUCGCUCAUCGGCUUUGUCUAUGCCUGCUAUGUGAUCAGCGUUUUCACUGAAGAAGAGGACAGCUGUAAGUACUGAAAAAACGCCCGUCUCUGGAUCACUCCAGGGUCGAAGUAAAUGACUGAUAACAGAUGACCAUCAAUGAAGAGGCCGCUGGCAAUGAUAUAUUUCAAACUACAGGUCAGAGGAAAAGAAAAGGUUAUAUGUACUAUCAAAUGUGGGCAGGUACUCCCACAUAAUUAAUUUCUGACCAAAACUCAAGUCAAGGACUAAUUUUAGACAAAUCCAAGUGGAGAAUGAAAUACUUGGUUCUAGUUAUGACUGUUUUUUGUCCUUUGCUGUACGAUAAUGGUAUCUUGUAUGGAGCGUCUAGUUAAAGUAUGUACACUGUAGCAGACAGUGAAUUUGGUAAAGUGAUUUCUUUCAGGUAAAACCACUGUGCAAAAGGAAAGCAUUGCUGGAUUUGUGCUGAGAAUGAAUCAGUCCUUUGACAGUAGCAACAGUUUCUCUGUAGAAUAUUUAAAUGAUUCUGUUUUCAACUUGUAUAAAACUUUUUUAUGAAUUUAUGAAUUAUUAAUUCUUAACAUAUUUGUAAGAUAAUGUUAGCACCCCAGUAUUUUGUAGUCUUGUGAAUGUUGCAUUUUAUGUGAAAGAUAUCUUUUAGGCUAUUUAUGCAUUAUAGAGUAGGCGAUUAAAGGAACCUUUCAUCUCAUUAUUGCUGCAUUUCUCUCUCUGAUGUAGUUGAGGAUCUUGUAAGUCGUCUGCUGAGUGGAGCAUGUGACAUGGUUGUAGUAUCCUAACUGCCAGAUCCAAUUUACCAUUUGACAGUUUUAAAAAUCCUGGUCUCAGAGCCUACUGAAAACCACUCUCAAAGCCUUUAUCUGGAACACAUAAUAAUUAAAUUAAAAUACCCACAGACUUCAAAAUGUGAGAGGCUAGGAAUUCCAUCAUGCUUAAAGUGGAGCAAGUGGGUGGUUGGGGGUGGGUUCCUAUGCACAUCUGUUUAUUCAGGAUUGUAUUCGACUGUCUUUGACCAGAGUGGUCAAAAGCCCAAAGAAGAGGCUGGAAGAACCACACUGCUUUCUAUGCUACCCAUCAACAUUCCCUCACAAACAUUUCCCACCACAUUUGGGGCCGAACUUGCAGAUCUCACAUUCAUCCAUCAUAGAUGUGGAGAAAAAUCAAAUCAUCCUUCAGCACAAGAAAUUGCCUUAGAAGAAACAUGGGUGUUGAUCUAUAGGUAUUCACCCAUCUCUCUUCCAAAUAAUGUGUCUACUAAAUGUACGAAAGUAAAAGAACUGUGUGUUAUCAGUGCCACUAUAAAGGUACUCAAACAUUGUCUUAACAACCAAUAUCUGAGGGUGGUAAAUGCAGCUAAUGAACUGUAGAUAAUUCAGGUGCAAUGCUCUUGUAUCACUCCAAACAAAGGUCAAUAGUGCUCCUCCAGCUUCUCCUCUUCUUCCACUUUUGAUGCAAAGGGCAGCAUAGAUCAGUUAAUGCAUAUGAGGAAGACACAAGGUACACAAAAGGAUGGUUAGGUGAAAUGAGUGGGCCAGAAAUCACAAAAUGGAGUUGAAUAUGAAAAAUGCAAGACUCAAGAACAUUGUAAAGAAAAAUUAAGUGACAUCAGAAGGUUUUUAAGCACAAAAAUUACCAUGUAGGUCACAAAACAAUUAAGAAUGAUAGUAGAAUAUUGUCCUUUACAGAGUUUUAAUGCUGUAUAAUAGUUGAGAAGGUUUGAUUUAACUUCUGGUAGCAACUGGUGACCACUUCCAUCUAUAUUUAAGGAAUGACAUGCUCAGGAUGAAUAAGUCAACAGUGGGUUUGGGUUGUGUCUAUACUUACUAGAUCACAGAAGAACAUGGGGUGACCUGGGUGAAACAAGAGUUGGACUAGGUGGAUGCUGAUUGGUUAUUUCUACCUGUGGACAUAUACAGAACUAAGAAGUAUACUGUUAGAAUGAAGGAGUAUCUCCCAAUUCAAAUGGAGAUGUGAAGGAAUUUCUUUUCACAAGGUCAUGAAUAUUUAAAAGUCUCCAAUACAGGGAGUUGUGGGUGCUAGGUGUUUGAAUAAUUUGACAGACAUUUAAACUAUUCGGGAGUAUGAGGACUGAGUGGGAAAGGCAGCCCGAGGUCAGAAUUGGAUUCACUAUGAUCUUAUCGAAUGGGAGUGGUGGUUCAGUGAACUGAACGGCUUACAAUUUCCAAUGUUUGCAUUUAGCUUGUGGCCAAACAAUAAGAAGCUAGGUAAGAGAUGUACUGCAAAUUUCUCAAAUAAUCAAGGCUGCAUAUUCAUCAAUAACAUAAUUUUUGGAACCACUGCAAUUUGCAUUGUUUGCCAACAUUAAGCCUUUGACAAGUUCAGUGAUCAUGAAUGACAUUUGGAAGAGGUAACCAUUGACACUGAGGCAAAAUAAAAGGAGCAGUAGGUGCAGACUUGCAUGCUGUGCUGUGGGUGGUUACAAACAAACUUUGCAUUCAGGAAGAUGAUCUCAAACUUCUGAAAAAAUAUAUACUCAGAUGAUCCUGGGUUGUAGUCUAUGGGUAGCUUGCAAUGUCAGCUAAGUCAUAACUCUGCUCUUCCUCUGAGAAUAUGCAGCAUGUAGUGCCAUCCCGCUACCACGAAGGUGCACACAAUGCAAUGUCAGCUAUCCAAGCAGUAAGAGCACCACGACAUGAAAUACAAAGAUAACAAUGAUUGAUUGUGGUUUCCACUGGUAAUGUAUUUGAUUAGGUUGUCUUUACUGAACAAAGUCAUCUGAACUGUUGGCCUUUAUUGUUUUGAGGUACAAGAUAUGCUCAUUCAAUACAUUGUUGACAUAGCUGUCUACUCACUGUGCUAUUUUUGCCUUCUCCUCUGUCCAUCUUUUGGAUUGCUCCUACCCUCCAACAGCUCUGCAACAAUAUUAACCAUACUCAGAAUAGAUUGCAAAAUGGAGACCUCAGCCACCAUUAUAAAAUUUGUUGCCAGAAGUCAAAAGCACCUAGAGAAUAAAAAAUAUACACAAAGUACGAAAGCUGACUAAAAACCUUAGCAAAACAAUUAACGGAGAUAUUCAAAUCAGAGGUGCUUUGCUUUCAGCAAUAUCAAGGGUACAUUUUUAACAAAAUAUCUAAACAGAGGAGGCCUCAAAAUUCUGAUCAAGCACAUCCGUUGCCAAGUCCUUCCCAAAUAUCUUGUAAACACAACAAUUUCUGUUCCUCUGUCAGGAUUGGAACAACCCAGGCAAAAUUCAACUCUCAAUUUCAUAUUGUUCUUCCUGUUUGAUGCUGUUGAACUAUUCUUACUCGACAGGGUUCCUGGGCAACACUCCUCACUGUGCACCAAGCUCAACUAAAUUCAUUGCAUUUUCUCUAUAGCCAUCUGCAGCAACGGCAUUUGGAGGAGGAACUAAAAAAUAUAUUUAAUAAUUGACUCCAAUUAUUUUGGGUUCAAAGGAGACUGCAAAGAUCCUAUUUGUUUCAAAUGUUGCUAACACAUGUAUGUUAUUGGUGUUCUUUGAAUACUGGAUCUACUGCUUAGUACUGAUGAACAAAGCACAUUGUGCAUAACAUUUUUUUUGGAAAAAAAAAGAACUUGUACAUAUAUGCACAGUAAGUGUAUUGAGGGUGUUUGUUGAUAGUAUUUUAUGUAAACAAUUUUUACUUAUGUAGAAAGCCCAUCACUUGGGUACCUUGUAAAAACUCAUAUGGAUGGCAAAUACUCCACGUCAGCUGAAAAUGAUUAAAUUGUACAUUGGAUUACAACCAACUUGUAAGUAUUCCUUCUUUAUUGUAUCUUGAUUACUAAAUCAAUCUUUAGGGAAUCCUGUGCUCUUCGGCCAGAUAGGUCCCUUUGGAUUGGUGCUCACACAAACCAAAUGUAUUCAAGCUUAAUUUGUUGAGUACCGACUACAAAGAUCAAUUAAGGUGCUUAAUUAAGGUUUUCUUUCCAAAUGCACUCCAAGAUGCAGUUCACCGAUGCUGCUGGCACAGCUAAAUUUCAAGUCAUUGUGGAGACACAAGACACGUGAUGAUAGAAUCUGGAUGAGAAGACACGAGAUGCUAUGCGAGCUCAGCAGGUCAGGCAGCAUCUCUCAAUGCAAGUAUAGGCUUUUAACCCAAAACAUCAACCGUCCAUUUUCCUCCGUAGGUGCUGCGUGACUCGCUGAGAUCCACCAGCACCUCGAGGGUUGCUAAUUCAUCCACUGAUGCACUGGGAGGUAUGGGCCGUUUAUCGGCUGCCCUGCAAACACAGCACCAAUCCCCUACAAUAGCAAGUGCAAGCUGGAAAAUGUGGACUCAUUUUCAUACACUAGGAGCCACCUCUCAGCUAACUGAGACAGCAGUGCCCCCAGUGGCCUUCUUAGGAAAUUAAAGUUUGAAAAUUAGGUCCUCAAUCCAGCAUAAAGCUUGUGGUGCACUGGAUAGCAUUGAUCCCCUGGUUCCUGUUUGUUUCUCUAACACACAUAACUACAACGACAAUUGCAAAGCACCGGAGAGGAGUCAACAUGCAGCAAACACAAAAUCCACCAAAUACAUUCCUGGGACAUGCAAACCAGUACAUGCCAAAAUCCCCCUAUCAAUGCUCUAAAUACCUUUUAGUCAACUAUUAAUCGACACAUCAUGUUAUGUUAUACCUGACACCAGAUAUCAGAAACAAGCACCACAGCUCGGCUGCUGAAGGUCAGAGGAAAUGAUUCUGGAAGCCAUCUUGGUAAGUGUAGUGUCUCAGUGACUUGCCGGAAUAUGUAGCUCAUAUUUCUCAGGAUAGGAGAACAGCAUCUAAGCGUGUGUUAAAAGCAUUAAGAUCAACAGAAUUCUUUUUUGAAGUUAUGCACACUGCAUUACCAGCCUGUAGCCUGCACAGUUCCACCCCGACAGUAUUUUUAAAAAAUUGUUCUGACUCACCUUGAACAGUGCUAAGGAAUUAAGCACAUUGUGGUGCUAAGUUUCUUCAUGAGGAAUCUGA